CUUUUGCUUUUAAAAUGUGGACCUUUCUUGGAAUCGCCAGCUUUACAUAUCUUUACAAGAAGUCAGACACAGUGUUGACUUUUCUUCACAGAGAAGUCAUAGCAGUGGCUUUAUUUAUCACUGCGCUGCUCCUUUAUUUCAAAUAUGCGCACGGACACAAAGUGCGCCUGUCUCAGCUGCUAAACGCGCCUUUGACGUUUCUGGGAGUUGUGCCCUUUGUUAAAGAAUUAAUCCCCCAAAAUUCUUCAUUGGAGGACAAAGCAAAGACGUCAUCUGAAAGGGGCUACAGAACAAGACGAAGACUGAACCAGGAUUCCUCUACGUCUGCAACACCCUCAUCAUCCGGUGUAGUGGGGAACACAGAGCCUGAUGUGAUAAUAGUUGGAGGAGGAGUUUUGGGAUCGGCGAUGGCAGCAGUGCUAUCCCAGGAUGGCAGGAGGGUGACUGUCGUGGAGAGGGACCUAAAAGAGCCAGACCGUAUUGUGGGAGAACUGCUGCAGCCUGGAGGUUACAAAGUUCUCAAAGCACUAGGACUGGAAGCCUCAGUGGAGGGCCUGGAUGCUCACGUGGUGAAUGGGUAUGUGAUCCACGACACAGACAGCAGGGCGGAGGUGGAGAUCCCGUACCCUCAGACAGAUGAGGGCGUGCAGUGUGGCAGGGCGUUCCAUCAUGGACGCUUCAUCAUGGGCCUGAGGAGAGCUGCCAUGGCCCAGCCCAAUGUCACUUUCAUUGAAGGCACAGUGACCAGUUUAGAGGAAGAGGAAAAUGGCGUCACUGGUGUCCAAUACAGAGAUAAAGAAACUGGAGACAAUAAGGUUAUCCAUGCAGCUCUGACAGUGGUAGCAGAUGGAUGCUUCUCAAAGUUCAGAAAAAGCCUUGUUUCUGGGAAGGCACAUGUCUCAUCUCAUUUUGUUGGAUGUCUUAUGAAGAACUGCCCACAGUUCAAACCCAAUCACGCAGAACUGGUCCUUGCAAACCCAAGCCCAGUCCUCAUCUAUCAAAUCUCCUCCAGUGAGACCAGAGUCCUUGUGGACAUCAGAGGAGAGAUGCCACGCAACCUCUCAGACUAUAUGGUCGAUAAGGUCCACCCUCAGCUGCCAGAGCAUCUACAGGAACCCUUCUUGGAGGCACUGCAGAAUGAUAGACUGAGGUCCAUGCCUGCCAGCUUCCUCCCCCCCUCCCCUGUGAACAAACCAGGUGUGCUCCUUUUGGGCGAUGCGUACAACAUGAGGCACCCUCUGACGGGAGGAGGCAUGAGUGUGGCUCUAAAUGAUGUGCACAUAUGGAGAGACCUGCUCAAAAACAUCCCCGAUCUGUACGAUGACAGGGCACUGCUGCAGGCAAAGAAAAAAUUCCACUGGGAACGCAAGUCAUCACAUUCUUUUGUGGUCAACAUUUUGGCACAGGCCUUGUACGAGCUGUUUGCAGCCACAGACAAUUCACUCCAUGAGCUGAGGAAAGCGUGCUUCCAGUACUUUAAACUUGGUGGGGAGUGUGUGUCUGGGCCUAUCGGUCUUCUGUCCGUUUUGUCCCCCAAACCGGCGACCCUGAUUGGACAUUUCUUUGCUGUGGCACUGUAUGCAGUUUAUUUCAACUUCAGAUCUGAAUCCUGGAGCUCCAAACACAGGGCCCUAUUUAAAAGUGUGGCCAUCCUUUAUCGAGCCUGUACUGUGAUGUUCCCUCUCAUAUACUCUGAACUUAAGUAUCUGGUUUACUAAAGAAAUACAAACUAAUAGAAUUAUAGAGUUCAUUUUUCCAGUGUAAACCUUAAAAAUGUAGGGAUUUCUCAAACAGGGUAGACAUCCUUUUAUUUCCAGGGCUUUCAUGGCACAGACUGCAAAAGAUUAGAUUAGAAAAAUUGUGGGGAAAAACUGUAAAAUAUAAAAAAGAGGACUUUUUUUUUGAUAAUAGGAGGUAACAAGUUGUUCUAAGAACAAGCACUAGUAGAAUAUGUGGGUUACUUCACUCUGUGCCUUAUGUUGGUGGUGACAUUUUAAUAGUUUUGCCCAAAAUGUUGCUCUUGAGACAAGGUUGCUUGUACAGAAUUCAGGUUCAGAAAAUAGAAUAUUUAGAUGCCACUUUAAGGGGGCCAUAUAGGGUAGCUAAAAAUG